GCCAUCCCCUUGAAAAUAGUGGUUUCUACUAAAGGUGCAAAAUGGCGACAACUAUUGGCGGUGGAGGAGUUUCCGCGGCUUCUCACACCCCUCAGGAGUUGCAGGCUGAGAUCAAGACAUUUGUCCAGGGCAAACAUGCCACGUUUGGGCACAAGUUGACUUUGGAGGAGCAUGCUAGAAGCGCCCUCUCUCUGCUGAGGACCGUACCUGCAGCCCGCUCAGCUGUGCUGGAGUUCCUGCAGGGAAUUUUUGAUGAAGCAGUCAAUUCUCACAUCCUUCAAAUUGAGAGUGAAGGUUCAGGGACUGUGGGUCCGAACUUGGACCCAGUCAUACAGGAAGUGUGCAGCGUUUUACUGGGCUUUGUCAAGGUCAACCCUCAAGCAUGGGCUCCUCUUAUUUCUGCUUGGUCAAUUGACCUCCUGGGACAGAUUAGCACCAAAUAUGCAGGAAGAAGAGGAGUCCCUCACUCUUCCAGUCUGAAUGAGCUGUUACAGCUAUGGAUGACUUGCAAAGCAACAAGAACUCUGAUGGAUAUCUACACCCAGUGUCUAGCAGCAAUGACUGGUAGCUCUGCUGACCUGUGUGUAGAUGCACUACUGGACACAUCAGUGCAACACUCUCCACACUUUGACUGGGUAGUGGCUCAUAUUGGGUCAUCCUUCCCCAACACCAUCAUCACCCGGGUCCUGUCAUGUGGUCUGAAGGACUUCUGCAGCCACAGCAGCAGCCAGGUGACGGAGAGCCACGUGCCCAAGCUGGCGUCUGUGGUGGGCAUCCUGGGACACCUGGCCGCUCACCAUGCACAGGACAUCAGGGAGGCUCUGCUGCAGCUCUUCCAUGUUAGCCUAAGUGAGGGUAAACAGGAACAGUACACUGUGCCCUUCCUGCUGGAGCUGGCCACCAUGUCUCCCAUGCUACUCAGGGUCAUCACAACUGAACUGGUAGACUCUUUGAGCGCUGAUGUUCUAAACCAAUUGGCAAGGCAGUUAUCAAAAGGAAGGUCCAAGGCAGACAUGGAAGGACUAAUAUCCCUGGUUGUUCACCUCAUCACCAAGACUGGCAGUGGCUGCCAAAAGGUCCUGAAGUUCCUACUGGAUACUGCCUGUCCAAUGGAUCAAAAAGGUGAAGUGCCACUGGAUCCUGCAGUGCAGCACACAUGCACAGUUAUUCUGAACACCCUGGUAUCAGACCUACAGAAGUUGGUGUUUGGCAGGGCCCAGCAGGGAGACAUUACAGAGAUCCUGUUCCUCUCAGAGCUGCAGGCACACAGGACACACUUGUGUCAGGAGAUGCUAUCGGUCAAUGUCAGACAGUGGUGGCUGGUCCAGAUCCUGAGGCUGCUGGGCUGUCACCUUGGUGAGAGUUGUGCUGCAGACAUCGUGACCUUCAACCUCCAACAUGCUCAGUCUCAACAACAGCUGGGGCUACUACUGGAGCUGCUGGAAGGGUUCCAGUGCUGCCUGCCUGACGUGACAGGUGCAGCUGUCUGCAGGUGCAUGGACUCUCUACAGACAGGGACGCUCAACAACACACAGGCAAGCAGACUGUUGGCGAAUAUUGUUCACCUGCUCAAGAGUGAGGACAUGGGAAAAAGGCAUUUCAGGUGGCAGCUACAGGAGGCCAUCCUGCUGCACCUGCAGCCCAUGACAUCCCAGCUGGAGCACAGCUGCCUCCAGGUGGCUGCCAAGGCCAUGCAGAUCCAGGCCAUCGUGGGCUUACCUGCCAAACCCACCACACCUGCCCUCAUUCACACCUGCCUGGCAGCUGUCAGGUGUUUCUUCAGGGUGCUGCAUGAUACAGACCUUGAGGAGAAGAUAACAGUUAUCCAGUACUGUAAGGUGUACCUGUCCCAUCUGUGUGGGGUGCAGCUGGGACAGACACUGGUUAUACGGCAUCUGGUAAAGGGUAUGCUGGACAAGGAAAAUGCAGUGUUAUUUGGAGCUAAGGUGAAAGAUUAUUCCAGUGGUGAGAGCAGUGAGGGCCAGUCCUCCCUCCUGCAGCAGAACAUCCAGCUGGGCCGCUCCAGCACACCAACAGUCUUCCACGCAGGAGUCAUCGGCAAGGGGCUCAGACCUAAGCCUGAUGCCAAACAGUUGCCAAGUGACCAGGUAACAGGUAGUUGCCAGGCAGUUCUGGAUGUCCUGUACACCUGUACCCUCCACGAGCACCACCACGCCUCCAUCCCCAAACAUGAGGAGGACAGGAUGGACACCUCCGACAGUCGCGUGGAGAGAAGGAGGAUAUCCUCAUCAGGCUCAAGAACUCUUGCAUUACUGGUUGUAGAACUGGUCUGCCCAGAUGUCAUCCAAGCCCCCACAGACUGGCCUGAUGAGGAGUUCACCAAGUACACUGUAGAGAGAGAUUUACACAUUACAAGAAAGUUUAAGGAAAAUCCAAUACUUUGGGACAUCUUGAAGAUGGUAGCAGAAGGGAGAACAGCACUGUGUCACUGUGCAAUACUGCUGAGUAGUGUGAUCUCCACCCUGAUUACCCACUGGGAGGGUUCACGUAGCAGCGUGACAGCUGACACUCUAUGGCACCUCCGGGCAUCAUGCAAGGCGCUGGAGUGUAUGGGGGAGGCCCAUCUCCUGCCGGCUCCGCUGGGUUAUGUUUCAGAACUGUUCCACAUCGUGACUCCAUAUGAGGUGGCACUCCUGCUCAGGGAGGUUUGGAAGUUUAUGGUGGAAAAUCCACCUUCACCAGAACUGUACAGUAUGAGGGACAUCACUGGACGACCAAUCAGAUUCUUCAACCCAGACCUGUAAAGGAAGCACCUUGCAGUGGUACUUUCCAUCCUCCACAGCAACAUCCCCAAACUUGGUCACCUCUACUCCAGAUUUCAACUUCAGUAACUUUCUUCAAUGUUUCAAAAAUGAUGUGUCCCAACAAUUUUGUAUACAUGGUUCUAAAAAGGUAUUAAACUAUGUAUCAGGAUAAUUGAGAGGACAGUUACAUUGUACAUACAAAGUAAUAUGUAGAAGGAUUGAGAUGGAUUACAUGUAUAUACACUUAAUACAUUUUCAGUGUAUUGAUGUAGUUUAACCUUAAGCACACUGAAAUAGUCAUUUGAUUGGCAAUUCUCUAUUAGUUACAGUGUUAGGCAGCAGGGAGAAAGUUAAAAGCUGCUGGGACAUAGUGCUCACAAAAGCACAUACAUGUAGCUCUAGAAACAUUGUCUACAAUGUAUUGUAGAUGGAUGUUAACAAUGCGUGAACACUACAUAGAAUAAAUUAUAAUGAAUAUAAAGUCACAGUUCCAAUUUUCCAAAGAAUGAACUUAAUACAUUUUCAUGCCAAAUGGUAUAAUCUAGUUUACACAUUUAAAGACGAACUAAUUCGAGACAUUAGAUGAAUUGCCAUGUAUUUUUGAUUUACAUGGGUACAGUUGGUUGAAUUGGCAAUGAACUGGCAGAGAUGACACAUGGUACUGUAAAACUUGUAAUAAAAUGUUGCAGAAGU